AUGAUUCUGUACCACGACAUGGGAUCUAAGCCUAGCUCACUGAAUGAGGAAAUAGCAAUUAUAGUGAAGAAAUUAGACGAGGUUCAUGGGAUGGUUUUUUGGAGCCCUCUCUACUGGGAAUCUAUAGAACUCCUUGCAAGAGAUGAGGUUUCACGAGGCAUAUUCUAUGCACUUCCAGAUGGAUCUAAGCUGCAUUAUCUAAAAAGAAAGACAAACGCUUCCAUGGUCCCAGAGUUUCAACACUUUUGAUAUAUGGCCUAUAAAAUUAUGGUUUUAUUAUGUUAAGAGCCUUGUUUUCUUGUGCUUGGCUUUAUCUUGUGCUUAAAUUUGAUGUUGUAUAUGGAUCAUGAACUUGGGUUUGGUCUAAUGUAACAUGAAAUGUAUUGUGAUUUCUAUAUAA